UUCGAUUUUUUUCGGAAAAUGCCAAAUAAUUUUCAAACUCGAAUUUAUUUCCUUCUCGUUGUCUUCACAUCGCUUGCAGAAUUCCGCAAGCAGUGCGAGCCAUCGCUCUGCAAUCACGAAGGACAGUGUUUUGAAGAAAAUGGCCAACCGACAUGCCAAUGUGUGGGCCACAAAUACUUUCGAGGUCCGCGCUGUACGGAACUUGUGGAUAAUUGCCUCGAAGAGCCAUGUGAAAAUAAUAGCGAAUGUCUAAAUUUGGUCGGCCAAUUCAUGUGCCGAAACUGCGAAGAAGGUUAUGGCGGUCUCUGGUGUGACAUUGAGAAUGAAAAUGUUUUUCAAAACAUGCUCUUAUAUUUCAAUCACUACGGCUACUAUUCCGAAGAACACACAUUUCUGCUGCUUGUGGAGCAGCGUGGAUUUGUAAACUUUUCCGUGGAGUUGAUGGGCCACAAUUAUGUUAUCGAUAGUUUUGAAACGAAUUCAGAAAAUAUUGGCCAGCAAUGGACAUAUUCGCCCGAUUUGGAAUCGUUGAUUAGACAGAAUGGUAUACGUUAUCACAACGAUCUGCCAUUUAACAAGGGCUACUACCACCGGGCCCAUGAAGUUUUUUGGCACUUGGGCAUUUUGACCCUGUCCUUGCGUUCGUACGAUACCGAAACGGCCACCGAAUUCUUUCAUUAUCAGGAAUUCGACAUAUUAAUUUUGCCUCGAAGGGAGUUGGAAUGUGUGCCACAACUGAAGUUCGAGCAUGGAUUUGAUCCCCUGGAACCACUGAUGUUGAAUAUUGCACGUUUUAAUACGUUCGAAGCAGUGCUGCAACAGCACUGUCACUCGUAUUCGAAUGUCGUCUACGAAUGGCGGGUUUUCAAUACAAUCGGCAAUAAACGAUUGCAUGAUUUUGGAACCACCAAUUUGCCCGUCUUGAAAGUCGCUCCGUAUCGCCUCUGGUUUAGUUAUCACAGUGAAGUAAUGUCUUCCUACUCAUUGGUACUCAGGAUGUCGGGGAGAGACAGAGAGAGGGGGUUGGAAUUUGUCACAGAGGCUAGGUGUUUCAUUCUGGUAUUACCGAAACCGGUGAAGGCCGUUAUAGCCGGAGGUCUUCGCCGACAAAUUGGCAUCGCUCAAAAUGUCCUGUUGGAUGGUUCGAAAAGUCGUGACUUUGCAUUGGCCCCAGAUGCAUUGCAGGAUUUAUUAUUCAACUGGACCUGUGUGUCCUUACAAGAAUCAGGUGAUGAAUUCUGUCACAAGAAUAUGGGAACAGAAAACAAAGUGUACAUACAAGCGGGCAGUCUUAAUGCCAACAACAUCUACAUAUUUACUCUAACGGUAAAAUCCAAAGUAAAUAUUUUAAGCUCUGACAAAGCUCAACAAGAAGUCCACAUUGUGACCGACCAUCAACUAAACGUCGAUAUGAAAUGUCGGAGAAAUUGUUUACGUGAUCAGUACGUUGCCGGAUCCACGGUCCAUGUUGAGGGAAUAUGCUCGCAAUGCCCUCCGAAGAUCAACUUCUUUUGGACCGUAAAUGGUGUCGAGCAACGAGAAAAUCAUCGCCACCUCAUAUAUAAACCCAAAAAUGAAGAAACUCGACUGCUAAUUGACCUAGAAGUUGAUGCCGAAGCAUUCAAAGGACAUUUCUCAAUUGAAUUUCAGCUAAAUACCCCACCUAGUGGAGGUCAUUGCUCCGUAGUACCCUCUGCCGGAACGGCAUUGGAAACCGAGUUUCGCAUACAAUGUGAGAGUUAUGAAGAUCAGGACUUGCCAUUGGAGUUUCAUUAUUUUUCAGGACACUUUCCUCUUAAGCGCAUUAAUGAGGCCCAAAUUAUUGUGAAAUUACCAGAAAGUACUACCUUGACAGUUCUGAUAUGCGAUCAAUGGAAUGCGUGCACUGAAACAGUAUUAGAUGUGGACAUAUCAGCCCUCCCCAGACCCAGCAAUUUUCACGAGUUUCUAUUGACAAAUGGAACCGAUCCUAAAGAGUUCUUUGAAAAUUCCCAACGACUGGCAGCUUUUGUUUUGCUCAAAUCGGUUGUGAGAUUUGUGACAACCGAAGACGAAGCCAACUUCGUAGUGGAUCAAGUACAUAACAUCUCCCUCUUAACACUCCUAGCAAUCGAGCAAUGGCUAGCAAUCAGCCAUGAUCUGGUAAUGAACCUUCGCCCACUCGAUUAUCGUAAAUCCUUGGCCGUUACAAAGUACAUGCAUAAACUCAGGCAGGGUCUUCAACUCAUAAUCGAGGAUCAUGAAAUCAAAUACCUUAACAUCGAACGAUACCAGCUGGCCAUGCAUCAAAUUGUAGAUCUUAUGCGGGAGUUUGCCAAACCUUGGGAGCCCCCAAUGGAUAUUCAGACACUCAUGCCUGAAACGAUAAUGGCGACAGACCCUUUGGCAGAACACUACUCUGAGUUAUCCGACUUCGAUAUUCUUAUCGUGGAAAAGAUUGCAAAUUGGUUGGAACUUUCAAAAGAAGUGGAAAGAAUUUUCCAAAUGUUCAGUUCCCAGGCGACACAUAUCUACCAACCCAAGGAACCCGCUUUCGUAAUCAAUGAUCAUCCCUGUGAAAUGCUUUUAUAUGCGAUUGAUGAUGCCUCCAGGCAAACGAUUGCCCUUGGGGAACCCUCAAUGGAGGUGCACCUAUCCCCUGAGGCAAUUUUGGACUUACAAAGUCUAGUCAAAAGCCAUGACCUUGUCAUUCAAGUGGGCUCAAUGGGAAUGAACAGAUUCUGGUGGUAUCCGCAUGAGCUACCCAUUUCCUCGGAUGUUUUAUAUUUUUCCACAUUUCCGCGGCUACCUCCCUCCUCGCGGCUCAACAGUCCCCUGUCGAUAAAAUUCCAUUUAAAAAUAUCAUUAGCGAAUCAAGAAAUUCAGGGUAAAAUCAAGGCCCGGCAACAUAUGUCCAUGUUCACCGUGGAAGUUCCGAGCCAUUCAUUACUGGUUUCGAAAAUGCAUAACCUCAAUUCGAGUAUCUCAAUAGGAAUUGGCUUGGGAGAAAAACCCACUGGGUUUCAAAUGCAACAAACGAUUUCCAAACUCGACGCCAGUCAACUGUCUUCCCAAAAAGUCCAUUUUGCUUUUAACAACAACUCCCACAUCACCGAAGCCUACAUAGCAUUCCUAGCACAAGAAGGGGUGAGCAAAUUUCCCCUGUUCUUUAAGUUUUCAGUGGACAUUUAUCAGUGCCUCUACUGGGAGUGGAAUAUAGAAAAUCCUCAGUGGUCCUCCGAUGGCUGUAGGCCUAAAUAUAAUUUAACUGUCAAUUGGCCGGAGUUGGAAUGUGAAUGCCACCACUUUUCUGACUUCGCUGCCAGGACAUACCAACCGACGGUCAAGGAGGACCUAAGAGAACACUGGUUGCUGGAUCACUUGCCCAUCAAUUGGCACAUCCUGAUAUUUUACAUUCUCUCACUGCUUGUGUUUCUGACAGUGCUACUCAUCAAUUUUCGACGCAUACGGAACACCAGACCCAUACUCAUUUCGGAUGCCAAACCCAUGAAACAUCCUAAUCUUGAAAUUCUCAUAUAUACCGGAUCACAUUGGAAUUCAUCGAGCACAUCAAAUAUUAAAUUCAGAUUUGUAUCGGAGAGAGGUCCCUACACAUUGAGAAUUUUCCAAAAUCCAUGGAAACCACAGCUUUUGAGAAAUUCCAUUCGCCAACUGCUGCUGGAUGGUCAACAUGUGAAAUUUCCUUUUAAAAUUGCCAUUUCCGGUGAUCAAUCUGGUCGUUUCCCUUCCUGGUAUUGCCAUCGCAUAAUUGCCCACAAUCAUGCCACGAAGGAAAAGCAAAUCUUUCUGGUAAACAAUUGGAUUACUCAGCAACCAUUGGAAGUAAUGCCAUCGCUCUCAGGUGGCACUUGGAGUGAGCGUUUCCAUGAGCACUUAAGUAAUUUCUACAUUAAUUGGUUCCACUUUCAACCUCUUUGGGGACCGGUAAAAUACAAUGACUCCUGCUCUUUGCAACGCUCCUGCAUCUGGGUGUCACAAACCUUUGCCUCCGUGUGCAUAAUCUCUUGCUAUUAUGGUCCCACAACAAUGGAUUCCUAUGAAAGAGAUAUAGACACCUACUUUUAUCUCAGAUUCAAGGCUGGCGAACUAUUCAUGCUUUCAUCCGUUUGUUUCUUUGUCAGCUUGCUUAUUAAAAUUCUCAUUAAAAUAAUAAUAACUAUUAUCUAAACAAAGAAGAGAAAGAGAUGUGUCGUAUUCAUUCGUUUAAAAAAUGCUGUCAAACUGAACAAAAUGUACAUUUUGAGUACUAAAAAGGCCUA